CCUUGACUUGCAACCAACCGCGACCUGUUUGAGUCAUGCACGCUCCCGAUCUCAGCGGCGAUGAACUUGUUCGCCUGUACAACUCCCCGGUGCUCUCCGUCCAGCUGGUCUCUCGCCCCAAGCACGGCAUCGGCAACAUCCGACUUCCCAAGGAGGUCAUGCCGCCGCCCAGCACGUCUUCUGAGCCCGUCAUCAUCAACGCCCACGAGGCGGUGAUCGUCACAACACCAAUGGGAGAGUUCCUGAUUGAGAAGGGCAGCGGCUACGGAUCAGGAGGGGGCAACACCAUUGUCAAGAAGGUCCAGCAUAUGAACAAGGCGCAGUGGACAUUUGGCGAGGUGAGGACCGACAUCGCGGCUGGAGUGACGGUGGGGCAGCUGGUGCACCAGGGAGGCACCGAGUACCGCUUGUUCAGCAACAACUGCCAAGAUGCAGCAGGACGGAUCAUGGAGCAUGCGACGGGGAGCAAGUGAAGGACGAUGCGGAGAAUGAGUGUGUAUGAUGGACGUGUAUGUGUUGCGUGUGUGCGAGACUCUCC